AUGCCACAUGUCCGGCAACCUGGCAGCGCCAUCCUGGUGUGCGCGUCCACAUCAGCAGCUGAAUCAUCCCCUCUUUUCCUGGGAUUUGAUUUCGGCACGUCCGGGGCACGUGCUGUCGUUAUUGAUGGCAACGCAGCCAAUCUUCUUGACGUCAAGAGAAACGGAGGGUGGCGGGCGGCGUUGUUUGGACUGUUGCGCGACAUUCCCGAGGAGCUGAGGCGGCGAGUGGCGGCAGUGUCGCUGGACGGCACGUCCGCCACCACCAUGGUCGUCAGCCAGUCCACCCGCAAGCCCGUGCCCCAUGAUGUACAACGAGGCGGGCAGCCCAGAGGCCGUGGCUGCCGUGGCAGCAGUGGCGCCGGCCAAUCACACGGCGACAGUUGGCACGUCCACGCUGUGCAAGCUGAUGACGUGGUGGUUGAGGAGGAGGGGGAGGUGGGGGAGAAGGCCCUCCCGUCUGAUUGCAUUGUCGCCUUCCUGGCUGCGAGGGUAACUACCCCCGGGUAUGCCGUCACCUCGCUCGGGUCUACCCUCGCCGUCAAGCUCGUCGUCAGCACUGCACGAAUCGACGAUGCACGUUUCGGCGUAUACAGCCACCGCUUGCCGCCCGGAGAUUCGGCGCCGCCCGGGGUGGAGAACGAGGGGGAGGCGGAGGAGGAAGUGCUGCGGGGGUAUUUCACAGACGAGGAGUUGCGGAAGCUGAGUGCAAAAAUAGACCCGAGUGUAGAGAGCAAACUUGAUUACUACCAACUCACACGACCUGGGGAGGGGUUCCCUGUGUCUGACCCUGACCUGCAGCCUUGCUUGACUCCUCGCCCUGCUGACGACGCUCUCUUCCUACAUGGCAUUCGAGUCCAUAGCCACCAUCGAGGCCAGGGCAUACUCGUUAUUGGCUGA